AUGCAGGGUUUUAAGGUGAGGCUCUCUGAAAUGAGGUGCUGGGGAUGGUACACCCAUCACCAAAUCUCUCAGACAGCAGUAAAGCGUCUCCAUCACCAUGGAUCCACUGGAGAGGAAAAGCCCUGAAAAUCUUGUACUAUUUGCUGCAAUUUUCACCUAGUUUAAAUCCUGCCUGAAGUUUUUGUGUACCCUUUUUAGGGUCCCUUUGAGUUUAAACUCACUGCAUAUUCCUGUAGCAAUACAAUUUCCUUUCAUCAGCAGAGCUAGCUUCAGCUGUUGUCGGGUAUUAUUAUACCUCACUGCUUCCUUCCUCUCCCAUCAGUCCCUCUACCCCGGAGUUAAAUGUCAUUUAUAGUUCGAGCUAUUUGACUGCUAGUCCCCCUGUACCCCAGAAUAGCCCAGAAAGACAGGAAAGUUUAUGGGGAAAGGGACAUCAAGUGGCUACAUUUUCUGCAGCACAAAAGAUCCAGUCCCCAAAAAUCUCUCUGAUAGAUGUGAAAGUAGCACAGGACAUUUAGGACAGAGUAAUUUGGACAGAACUGCAGGGUAUGACUGCUCACACUUGGCAACGUGGGUAGCAAGCAAUCAUCCAAGUGGACACAGAUACCACUGGAAAAUGUCACUGCUGCAGUGAACGUGGUACCCUUUCUGAAAGGAAAGAGGCCUAUCCUCACCACAAAGGGGAUAUAAAAGCUAACACUUUUUACGAGCAUUAACUUUUUCUUUUUUUUUUUUUUAACCAAACAGAAAACAAGGACUCACAUGAAAAGUCUUUACCAGCAUUUUUGCAGCAUGCAAAGUUUUCUGGUGGACUGGUAACUAUUUCAGUGAAAUGAGGAACAUCAAAAUAAAAAUGAUUGUGAAAAUGUCCUUUAAAUCUGAAUUGAAAUGAUAGCUUCUUUGUUUGCUUGUUUUCUUCUAUAGCUCGCGUGUUUGUUUUUUAAAGUCACUCUUGUUAAUUGUCCUGCAGCCAUGGUAUGUACCAGAUAGCCAAGAAAGCUGACAUGGUGAAGUUAUAUACAGCACCCUUGUGACCUUUUUGCAGUGAAGAUACAUAUCUGUCCAAUAAAGCCCAGGCCAAAUGACAGUGACAGCUGCCUUGUAGCAUUCAGUUUGAAUUGAAGAGGUUUGCUCACAAGUCAGGAGCAAGUAUUUCAUUACAGACUGUGCACCAAGACCAACAUAAGCCCCCAAAAGUGAAACUUUCCCUCAGCAGCUAUGGAAACUGCCUCAGUGGACUGAGAUGCACUUCACAGGCUCCUCCUUGUCUCCUUGCUUUGACUUUCCCGCCUCCUGCAAGCUGUUAUCCUCUGUUGGCAUUUGCAUGUUGGUGUAGCACUUGCAAGGGAAGAAAACCUCACUUCAUCUCUUAGGAGGGAUCCAGGGUGUUAUGGGAACUGAGCACUCAAAGAACGAGGGGCGAAGGAGCAUGGUUUUUCUGAGGAAAGGUCCAAAGUUGCCUGCGUGGGAAGAUGCUCUUCUCUCAGGGAAAGAGCCCAAGUCACUGCUGAAGCGGGGGUUGCGUUAUGUCAGCUUGAGCCUCAUAAUGAAAGGGAUGACCAGCGCACCUGACUUCUUGUGGGGACUGCCUGAGGUGCAGAAACUGAACCUUUCACGCAACCAGCUGGUGAUGAUUCCUCCUUCCCUGGGGAAACUGGACAGGCUGGUGGUUCUGAACUUGGGUGGCAACUGCCUCAAGUGUCUGCCUAAAGAGAUUGGGCUGCUGAGAAACCUGAAGGUCUUGUUCAUCAAUAUGAAUUGCCUGACAGAAGUGCCAGCAGAGCUCAGCUUGUGCAGGAAGCUGGAGGUUUUGAGCCUCUCUCACAACUGCAUCUCGCAACUGCCUUUGAGUUUCACCGACCUGACAAGUUUGAGGAAACUGAACCUCAGUAACAACCGCUUUGUGCAAAUUCCCCUCUGCAUUUUUGCACUGAGGAGCUUAGACUUCUUGCACCUGGGGUCCAACAGGCUUGAAAACAUCGCAGAGAGUGUCCAGUAUCUGGUCAAUCUCCAAAUCUUUAUCGUAGAGAAUAACAACAUACGCACCCUGCCACGAUCUCUCUGCUUCAUCACCACUCUGGAGCUAUUAAAUGUUGAUUACAAUGCUAUACAGACUCUUCCGGAUGACCUCUACCUGCUGCGCCGGCUGCCACGCAUCGCAUGGAACCCAAUGGACAAAGGCCUCCACAUCGCCCACAACCCCUUGUCUCGGCCCCUGCCUGAGGUUGUCGAGGGGGGACUGGAUGUCCUCUUCAACUACCUCAGGGAGAAAAAGGAGCACAACUGAGUUUCCACUGCACUUGGGAUUAAGCCUGUCAUCAAGACUCAGUCAUAUCAGAGCACUUUCCUGCACAGGCAUUUCCACUUCAUAAUGCUCGGAUUUUGAAGACAUGGAUGGCUUUAGUAACAGUUGGAGGAAAGAAAGUAAAGUAUGAUGGUCUUGAUUAAGUGUGUGAAGAGUAAACUUUCUAAAAAUAGCCACCUCUGUAACCUUCAGUGUUGGUGUGCUUGGGGUUUCUUAGGAAAAAAAAACAAACAACAAACUUGUGAUAAAAUGUUUGCUCAUCGUUUGACAGAAACAAAUUAAGGCAGACUGCUAGAAGUGCAGAAAUGUGUAUUUGCCAGCUAUUAGGUUGGAGGAAUAUUAAUAUAAAUUGGAUUUACUAUAUGUGAUUGCAGUUGCACUUUAAAUCCUGCUCACUUCUUCAUACACAGAUAAACCACUACAUAAACAAACACUGCUAUCAAAGUGAAUCUCAAGGAAAAUGUUUAAUUUACUUUCGGCUCUGAAUAUAUCCUGAGCUAUAUUAGCUCACAGACAGUAUAUUACUGGGCAGUUCAAUACCAUUUGUUUCUUUCCCCACAGCUGUACACUGGCCUCUAUAAAUUACAGGUGAAGAUCACCAUCAAUUAGGCCAUUUCCCAGUUCUUCGGAAGAAGACCCCAAACUUCCCCUAAGCCCCUAGAUCCCCUCCUGAGACACACGGCCUUUCCUGCAGAGCCUCCUAGGAUGCCGCCAGUGGUCCGUCACGUCAGUCGGCAGCAGCAUCCACACGAAGCAGAGAAACAAACAUGGGUCCUUAUUCCUUCAAACGAAGGCUGUCAAAUGAAGUUGCUCAUUACUACAUGAACAACUGCAUUCCAUUCCCUUUCCCUCAUCCCUGCAAUCAGAACCGUGGAGUAACUUUACUCAGGAGGCAGUACAUCUCCUAAAGGUGAAAUAUUUCUUUCAGGAAAAGCAGCGUCAAACCAAUCAUUGGCUUAAGUAAGAGCUUCAAAAACAAAUACUUAUUUCUGUGAUUUUCAGAAUCAGCCAGUAGCAUAAAAGUCACGUCUUAUGUGGUUUCUCAUAUUGAUCUUCUGUGAAUGUCCUUCAUCAAAGUUUUAUCUGGUAAUAAAGAGGCAGUAUGAAAGAGCUGUUAACAAUUUAUGAAACCUGGUUUUUUUGUUCCCUCACAGCAGUGCAAAACAGAAGCAACUCUGUUAAAAUCAGUUGAGGUAAAUGCUUGUAAUGGCAGCAUAAAAGGAAUGAACCUGUAAUUCUUGAGCUAAUUAAGACUAUUCAAAGCCACUUUUAAAGUGCUUCCUAUCCUAUGUCAAAUCUCAAGAAUCAAUGAUUACUUUCUAAAACGUAAUUUGCUUGAAAUUAUGGAAGGCUGUGGAAGGCUGAUCCUGCUUAUAGUGAAGUUAAUGGACAACCCCUGGCUGAGGGAAAAACUCUUCAGCAGAGGUAGAAGCAGCCUGAUAACAGCAGACAAUUAUGUAAUUCAUAGGUGCAUGCAAGCAAAGGCUGCACAUUUGGCCAUGCUAAUGUUAUCAGUGCAGUAGCAAUGAAGAACUGGUGCUCACAGAAUAUUCCACUCCAGGGCUGCCUACCCUGAUAUUUUAUUAUGUUGAGCUGUUUAGUGUAUUGUUUGUUAUCUUAAUUGAGAAUUUCAGUAUUACACCCAGGAACUGCAGUUUCCAGGGUGCAGUCAAGGACAAAUCUUAUGUUUCUAGCAAACAAGAAACCUUUUUGAAGGGCACAUUUGCUCAAGCAUUAAGCAAACAAACAAACAAAGCAAGUAAACAAAUACCAAAGCACAGUUAUUUUGUGACUUCUUUUACUUAAUAUAUGUUUCAAAUACAAAGAUAUUUUAUGUGUAGCUUUACAUGUAUUUAUU